UUUAAAACAAAGAUUCGAACAGAUAUGAUGGUCAAUCCUAUUAUCAUAUACGUUUACUCUAUUCUUGGCGUUGGUUUUUAUGUUAUGGGCAUAACACCUGGAUGUGCACCACAAACACGGAUAUGGUAAUGACAAACUUUUGCUCAAAAGAAAUGGAAGAGAAAAUUCGUUCAUUAGAAGUUCAGGUACAACAACUGCAGAGACUUGUUCAAGAACAAAAGGCUUCUUCGUUUACAACAAUAGAAGGCUUCCCAAAAGACUGCUCAGAGAUAUAUAGGAACGGUACAAGAACAGACGGAGUUUACUCUAUCUCACCAGAUGGAAGAUGUCCGUUUUUUGUAUAUUGCGACAUGACCAAUGGGGGCUGGACUUUGAUUCAGAAACGAAUAGACGAUAAGGUAAACUUUUACCGGUCCUGGGAUGACUAUGUUACUGGAUUUGGUGAUAUCGACGGCUCUCAUUGGUUAGGCUUAGAAAAGAUUCACCGUUUGACUCGAGAUGGCAGCCAGAUAUAUUUCGAUAUGAAGAAUUAUGAUGGCACAACUGAAUAUGCGCAUUACAAGGUGUUUACCGUUCACGAAGCGGCAACUGCUUACACUAUGAACGUAGAUGCCUUUGAUUAUGAAGGUAGUAUUGGCGAACUACUGAGUUUCCAUAACAAUAUGAAAUUUUCAACGUAUGACAAGGAUAAUGAUAUUUCGUCAGAAAAUUGCUGUGUGAAGUCUUUAGACGGUGGAGGAUGGUGGAACAAAAACUGUUACAGGUUGGGAAACAUGAAUGGAGUUUUCGGUAAAACAUAACAAGGUGGAAUCGGCUACUGGACCACAAAGAACGUUCCUAUAAAACACGUAACCAUUAAAGUAAAAAACAUGCUUGAUCAAUGUUAAAAUAACUAAUGAAAUAUUAGUUCCUCUUUUCGUUACAUUACUCUACUAAUGAAGAUUUGCAGUGGCCUCGUUCAACAUCCGAUUGAAGUUAUUGUCUAAUGUGUUUGAAUUGUAGUAGAAAUGUUUUAUUACUGCACUAAAAUCAGAGCGCAAAUGUAAGCAUAUUUGUUCUUUACGUAGAUAUGUUUUAUAUUAUAUACUAGACAUUCAUGAUUGCACUAGUUAUCAUCUAAAUCAGUAUAAUUCUCAUUUAAGAUGUUUUCUUAUUCGGCAUGAAUUGUUUCAACUGUUAAAAAGACUUUAAUAGUUGUCUGAAUUUCUAGCUUCUGUGCUAUUUGUUUUAAUUUGAAGUCAGAAAUUUUGCCCCAUUCUAUUCUAUUGCAUUGUCGUUGUUAUUUUCUAUGGCACUGUCACAUUUUAAAUUCUACUAUUGCAAUGUCGAUUUGUAUAUUGUAUAGCUGUUUCGCAUUUUCAUACUCAAUCGCAAUGUCGUUUUAAAGUCUAUUACAAUGUCACUGCAACGUCACUCGUAAUAUCGUAUCCCAACAAUGAUGAUAUCGCGCUUUUUUUCAACAGCUAACAAUUCUGUUAUUACAUGAUUGUAAACGUGCGUACUUAAUUAAAC